AUGAUUAUUCCUCGAGACGACAGAGAGACUGUGUCUCUCCAUUGCUGCACUCCCUCCGAUGCGCAAUCGCGUUCAAGUGCAUCACACCGAAGGUCCAAUGCCAAUCUGAGCUGCGUCGCGUUUCUCAAACCAGUUUCCAUUGCUCUUAGAACCAAUAGGAGAGAGGAGGCGCAGGUACGCGUCAAAGGAAAACACGUAACGACGUAUAUAUGUACGUACACACGUCACGUGUUACGUCAUCUCACCUCCAGGAAAUGCAAUUUCCUCAUUUUCCAAAGCUGCUUGAGAACGAGAAACAGCAAUCAGUGUCAUAGUGGUCUGGUAGUAAGAAUUGGGUCAGCGAUGGGGGAUAAGCAGGUGAAGGGAAAUAUGAUUCUGUCACAAUUGCAUAUCAAUGUGUACUCGUACGGAUUCGAAAUACAAUGCAACCUGCGUUCUGCGAGGAGUAUCAUCCGAGAUAUUCUUCAAAUGCGUUUUAUUGAUGUACAUAGCUACUUGCCGUCGCCGAGAUUGCUCCUCAAUGUCGAAUCUUUUUAAUCGUGAUUAUGUCUAUUCAAUCUUGAUACGUUCUUUCGAGAAGAACGAUCGAGAAAGGAAGAGGCAGAAGAAGAACCGAGGGAAAUUGGUUUUUGUCCAGAGAGACACAGAAAUAGGAUUUUACAACGAGAAGUGAUUACGAGAUGAAAAGGAAAAAAAAAAUACAAUUCUUCUUUGCAGAAUAUGAUUCCGUGUUUAAAAAAAUAUGUACUGAGAGUAUUACGCAGAAUCAAUUUCUAAUUAAAAUACAAAUUUUACUGCUCCUCGAAUGGCGAUCAUUUUCCUUCACUGUGUCAGAUCACAGACCUUCGUGUAACUUUGUAUUUUUAUAAACACUA